CAUCUGUUAACUAGAAUCGUAUACUUUAGCAUGUCAUUCUACCAAUUCAAAGACUAUAUAGAAGAAGGUGACUUGGUGCUUGCCUUCAUUGGUAGAGGAAAUUUGAAGCCUCUCACCGUGAAAAGAGGUUCUACCUUGGGAACAAGAUACGGUAACUUUGAUCAUGAUCGUAUGAUUGGUAUGAAGUUUGGAGAACAAAUGAGUGGUGCCAAGGGCCAUGGAUUCAUCCAUUUAUUACAUCCAACUCCAGAACUCUGGACUAUUUCUCUCCCACAUAGAACUCAAAUCGUGUACACGCCUGACUCUUCCUAUAUAAUCCAACGUUUGGGGGUUACAAGUGGAACAAGAGUGAUUGAGGCUGGUACUGGUUCUGGAUCCUUUUCUCAUGCAUUUGCCAGAACUCUUGGUGAAGAUGGGAGAUUAUUCUCUUAUGAGUUCCAUGAACCUAGAUACUUGGAGGCUAAACAAGAAUUCCAAGAUCAUGGACUUUUGGAUGUUAAUACUCUUAUAACUCAUAGAGAUGUAUGUGAAGGUGGAUUUGAAAUAAAUGACCUUCCUGCCAAAUUCGACAAAAAUGGUAUAAAUGGAGAUGUUGUAUUCUUGGACUUGCCAUCUCCAUGGACAGCCAUUCCUCAUUUGGAUAAGGUGAUAUCCAAGACUUCAAGAGUUGGUAUUUGUUGCUUUUCUCCAUGUAUAGAACAAGUUGAUAAGGCAGUUAAGGCACUUCAAGAAAAUGGAUGGAGUGGGAUUGAAAUGGUAGAAGUUGCGGCCAAGCGUUGGGAAUCAAGAAUGGAUAUGGUUAAAGAUAUUUCCGACGUUGUGAAAAGACUUAAAGAUAUUCAAUCAAGAAAGAGUAAAGGUAUAGAAAAUAGAAGAAGAGUUAAGGCUACACAAGCCGGGGAAAAGAGAGAUAUUGAACAAGUUGAAGCUGAUGAUUCCGAAGAACCUAAAAAAUUCCAAAACUUGGGUAAAGGUUUCAAUCCUUUCGGAAAGGGUAUGAGAGUAAGAGAAGGUGAUUCUCAAUGGCAAUGGAAGAAUGUUACGAAAGUUGAAGCUGAUAUCAAGAGUCACACUUCAUAUCUCACAUUUGCAUACAUGAACCCAAACGUAAAAAUCUCUGAAUAA